AUGCAAGAUAUAAGAAGGAGCUUGAGGACACUCCAGAACGAGUUUUCAAAACAUGCUCCUAUUUAUCAUCCUCUUAUUCAUAAUCUUAGUCUUAGAUUAAUUGUUUCCCACGGGAACCUACUCACAGUCUUUAUUAUGUGCUCACCCUCCUUCAUUGUGAAUGUACUCCUUAUUACGGCUACGGUUCUAUCGCAAGUCACAAUUGCGUCCCCUCGGGACACUCCCUCAAUUUUAUCUCUCGACAAAACCAAACCUCUCGCCACCUUCGACUAUUCUACUGCAGACCCUGCCGAGGAGAACUAUAUUUUCCUCGAUGACCGCUUUGCCAAAAACAAAUGUCCGACAUUUGUCUCUGUCUUUGCUCCUAAAGCUAGCGGAAGCGUCAAGCUCGAUGUUUCGACGUGCGAACCGGGCAACUAUGUGGCAGUUUUCCAGAAUAAGUGGUUGCAGACGCUGGCGGCAGUCGACGUGAUUAUCCCGCAGCCUCCUAAUAGAUUAUCUCUCGAUAAAACCAAACCUCUUGCUACCUUUGACUAUUCCACUCUAAGCCCUAACGAUCAAAACAUUAUUGGUAUCUUUAGCGCAGACGGCCCUGGUCCUAACGCGGGCGAUCCUUUGGCAUCAAGCAGGACUCCCCAAGCCAGCGGAAGCGUUACAGUCGAUGUUUCGACGUUAAGACCGGGCAACUAUAAGGCAUAUCUUAUUACCAAUGAGAAAAAGCCGCUAGCGGGACCGGUCGACGUGAUUAUCCCGCAGCCUCCUAAUAGAUUGUCUCUCGACAAAACUAAACCUCUUGCUACCUUUGACUAUUCCACUCUAAGCCCUAACGAUCAAAAUAUUAUUGGUAUCUUUAGCGCAGACGGCCCUGGUCCUAACGCGGGCGAUCCUUUGGCAUCAAGCAGGGCUCCCCAAGCCAGCGGAAGCGUUACAGUCGAUGUUUCGACGUUAAGACCGGGCAACUAUAAGGCAUAUCUCAUUACUAAUGAGAAGAAGCCGCUAGUGGGACCGGUCGACGUGAUUAUCCCGCAGCCUAAUAGAUUGUCUCUCGACAAAACCAAACCUCUCGCCACCUUCGACUAUUCCACUCCAAGCCCUUACGAUCAAAACAUUAUUGGUAUCUUUAUGGUAGGCGGCCCUGGUCCUAUCGCGGGCGUCGUUCCUUUAGCAUCAAGCAAGGCUCCCCAAGCCAGCGGAAGCGUCAAGGUCGAUGUUUCGACGUUAAGACCGGGCCAAUAUAAGGCAUAUUUCCUAAAUAUAGCGUAUGAGCGGCUGGCAGAACCGGUCGACGUGUUUAUCCCCGGUACAUUUUCUCUCGACCAAACCAAACCUCUCGCCACCUUCGACUAUUCCACUCCCUACCCUAACGAUAAUAACACUAUUUUUAUUAUACAAGACAUUAUACAAGACGACUCUGCCGGAAUCAGACCUUGUUCAACAGGGGCCUAUGCUCCCAAAGCCAUCGGAAGCGUCACGGUCGAUGUUUCGAUAUGCGAACCGGGCAACUAUCAGGCAUAUUUCAUGAAUAAGGCGUAUGAGCGGCUGGGGAAAGAUAUCGGCAUGAUCAUCCCGCCCAGUACAUUGUCUCUCGACAAUACCAAACCUCUUGCCACCUUCGACUAUUCCAUUACAGGCGCUAAAAAUCGGAGAUUUCUUGGCAUCUAUAGCGCAAAGGGCCAUCGCCCUGACGACGGAGGCAUUUGUGUGGCAUCCCGCUUGACUGAAAUGCCCCGUGGAAGCAUUACGGUCGAUGUUUCGAUGUUAGAGCCGGGCGAUUACGAGGCAUAUCUCGUCAUGAUCAAUGAGAAUGGCUCGUAUAAGACCCUGGCGGGACCGGUCGAUGUGACAAAAACCUCACCAAGCACUAUCAGGACAAUCCCACAGUCGGUUGGUACAUUAUCUUUCGACGAUACCAAACCUUUCGCUACCUUCGACUAUUCCACUAUAAACCCUGACGGACAGAACUGGAUUGGCAUCUACCCAGCAGCCCGCUCUGGUACUCUCUUAACCACAUCAUUUUUAUCAAGGGCUAAUGCUCCCGAAGCCAGCGGAAGCCAAAGGGUCAAGGUCGAUGUUUUGCUGGGACAUGGCAAAUACAAGGCAUAUUUCCUAAACAAGCUGUAUGAGCCGCUAGCAGAACCGGUCGACGUGUUUAUCCCCGGUAUAUUAUCUCUCGAUAAAACUAAACCUCUUGCUACCUUUGACUAUGCCACUGCAAACCCUGACAGUCAGAACUGGAUUGGCAUCUGGCGCGUGUCUAACCCUGGCGUUCAGUUCGCAGGAGCUCCUUUGAUCUGGACGAAUGCUACCCAAGACAGCGGAAGCGUCAUGCUCGACGUUUCGAACUUAGCAUAUGACCACUACGAGGCAUAUUUCCUGAACAGAGACAGGAAGCGUCUAGCAGGCCCGGUCGAUGUGCAUGUGCCGACAGACUCUGAACGGUCAAACGACGCGAUUCAGCGAAAGAUUACCCAGUUAGAAAAUGGCUUCACUAUUAGCGACACGGAUCGGCCAUACACAGAGACAGACAAGUAUUGGGAGGACAGAUGCCCUGACGCGGCCGCUCAUUUUACCUAUAGAAUCGGAAAGUACCAAAAAAAGGUUAUUAAUCCCAGUACGAUAAUUGCCAAAAGGAUCGAAAUUAAGCGCACAGUGGACGCACGGGAUCUCACCUUGGCUGGCGAUACCCGCGAAAUUAUUACUUCAAUUUCGACGGCAGUGACGGAUGCCAGGACUCAGGGCUGGACCAUUGGCGCUAAGCUUAGUGGGACUCUGAAGCCUGGCGACGCGGGAAGCCUUGCCUUCGAGGUCUCGGCGUCAUAUAAGGACGAAUCCACCCAUACCACAACAAGGACAACAACGGUUCAGAGAAAGGGUGUUUGCCAACCUCUCCAAGAAUGCACGCAUGAGACCUGGACCUUCCGUAUCUAUAUUAAGGCAAAGUGCACUAUCCAUCCGAUGAUAGCAAGUCUCGGUUGGAUGAGCAAUAGCGGUUGGCAUCAAGAUGACCCUGUAGACCAAUGUGUCAGUCACUACCUUGACUGCCAGCAGUUGGUUGAUAUCGUAAACACAUUUUGUUAUUCGCGCGGGGGUCAUUGGUAUUACAUGUUCGAUUACAAUUAUGGGGAGGAGUGCGAGGUCUCUGCCCCAAUCUUUGAGAGUGACGGAGUAACCCCGUAUAGCGCUCGAGUUUUCGUCUCUCGUCCCCCUGGGACUAGUGAUACGCUGACUAAGAGGGUUGAGCUCGACUUAGAGUACGAGACUGGACUUAAUCCAGAGUGGGUGUACCAGCUAAUGGACUAG